AUGCCUGCGCCCACGUUCGAGGAGGUUGAGGGGUUGGGCAUGACGUCAUCGCAAGCCAUCAUCGCGUUUCUCCUUGCUGCCUGGUUAGCGGUGAUGUACUGUAUCCUGGACAGGAGAAUGGGAAACAGCAGCCAGGAGAAUAUGUACAGACUGCUGGAGCAGAUGGAGAAGAUGAAGGAGCAGGGGUUGCUGGACGAGAGCGACAUGGAGGUCCUGCGAGCGCAGAAGAAGACGAACUAG